GCAGGUACCUUGUUACCAUGCUUUAUUCUUACUUCCGUAGCUUCUAAGCUAACACAACAAGAGCUCUGUAACUCCACCUCUCUGCAUCAUUCACUCUAAAAUAACGGUUUUAUUAAAAUGUCUUCAAGGUCGCUCCUCAGGACUUUCGUAAACGAGCGUCUGACAGCUGCUGCUGAGGAAAUCUUUCAGGUUUUUGAAGGAGCAAUCGCAAAAUAUGAAGAAGAAGCUUCCAGCUCAAAGCAGGAGAUUGAACGUCUCAGAGGUCUGCUGCUGGAGAUCAUGCCAAACGAGAACCAAGACCCCUGUCGGUUUUCCAUCUGUAAAGAGGAAACUUCCCCUAAGCAACACCCUGAACAGGAGCCGAACCUCAGCGUGUGCCAGAAAAACUCUGAGCCCCUACACAUUAAAGAGGAAGAUCAUGAACUUUGGGCUGACGAGCAACAAGAAGAAAAUCAGCUAUCCUUACCUUAUUCAUCUACCUGGGAGACAAAUGAAGAGGAAGACACAAAGCCACCUAUGCAACCUCGGACUCAACACAGUAAAAGUGAGCAAUUUCAGGAGCCUCAGGGAACUAAAACUAUACAAUUCAUGCUACCUCUCCCCUCCUACCAAGCUCUGACCCAGAAUGAAAGGGUCCAAGAUGGUAGAGAGGAAGAAAGACCUUUUGGAAGUUUAAUAUUGAACCAAACACAGACAAAUCCAAGUCAGAGUUCUGCAUCUCAAGGGUCCACACAGAAUUCAGCUGCAAAUAACAGUCGCUGCUGUUUGUGUGAUAAAUCUUUUACCUCCUAUAAGGACUUGAUAAGUCAUGCUUGCCCCAUGAACUCAAAGGAGGCAGAUUUCCCCUGUGCCUUGUGUGGAGAAACCUUUGAGUCCACUGAAAGCCUUAAUGUUCACCUAAAAUCCCACAAGGGUUUAAAAUGCUGUCAUGUGUGCGGUAAAAGCUGCAACAGCGUGACCGCCCUCACCGAGCACAUGGCGAGCCACGCGGGGUCGAAACUGCAUCGCUGUCAUGUUUGUGGGAAAAAGUGCAGCCGCAAAGGAGACUUAAAGAUACACAUGAGGAUUCACACAGGAGAGAAGCCUUUCUAUUGCUCUUUGUGCUGUAAAAGUUUUACCCACAGCGGACACCUGAGGAAGCACAUGAGGAGCCACACAGGAGAGAGACCGCACCAGUGUGAGGUCUGCGGCAGAGGGUUUCUGCAGAGUGUACAUCUGAAAUCACACCUCGAGACUCACGCUCGGAAAUGUUGACUUUUUCAUACAAACUGAUCUUUAUUGAUCACACUGUGUAGCUAACUUAAGAUAAAGUGUUCAGUCAUUUCAAAGAGUCAUUUAACAGCAGCUUACCAUGAAGUGAAAAUAUUAUUGAUCACAUGCAGACUGAGUGGAGGUAGCCAAUCAGAGAUAAGGAUUUAAGCUGCCAUAUUGUUCAUUUCUCUUUUUUUUUUUAUCUUUACUGUUAGAUUUUUUAAAGUAAACAUGGCUAAUAUUCUUUAAUUUCCUCUUUAACUUUGACCGAAAUUGAAACAAAACUGCUUGCAACAAUUUAUUUUGCUCAUUUUUUUCAAUGACAAAAAAAACUCAUUGAAAAAAGUAGAUCUUAAGACUGAGGACAGACAGAGAUUCAAAUAUACCCCUCCAACUUAAGCUUCAGACAUUUCAGAAUGUAUCACAUUUAAGCAAAAUUGAGCUCUCUUCAACUGUAGACUAUUUAAAAGUUGUGGCUCUAAAGUGUAGUUCACAGAGCUAGGUGCAGUUUUUUGGGGAAAAAUAAGGUUCAGGGGAGAGCAAGCUAGUGGGGUCAUAGUACAAUUGCAGUAACUCAGUUCACGAGUGCCAAUUCAAAGGGUCAUAACUGACAGAGGCCCUAAAAGGUUAUAACAUUUCUGGUCUUGGAGUAAUGGUGUCCACUUGAUAUCUUUUCAUGAGGCUCAAAAUCCCUGGCAGUGCCUCUGAUUGUGUUUCAAUGCACCAAUCAGAGGCAGCAUCUGGAUCAGAGAAGGAGACUGCUGCUGAUAAACAAGGACAGUUCAUAAAAAUAUGUGACCCAAGAUCACAACAAGUCUGGCAAAAACAGGCCCUGAAAUAAACCACAUGGUCCUCUUCACUGUGCAGCUGUAUCCAGGUAGGAAAUCUCUACAAGUAGACUAUCAUGAAUGUACUUCUCAGCACAGUCAUUUCAGUGAAUUUUAACUCUGAUGUUAACAUAAAAAAAUGGCAUUUUUGUACCAAAA